GUGAUUGUGAUAGCAUGUAUAAUUCUAGAGCUGUAUAUCUUGUCACUCUGGAUUGACCUUCUAGACAAUUUAAAUACAACGUUAAGAGGCUGGUUUAACAAAUUGUUAAAGAAAUACAAGGGAUCAGCAGUAGCCGAUAUCUAUUCUCUUGGCUGGGAUUUUAUUUUCAUAUUUUUUGGCUGCUGCGGUGUUGAUCCUGUAACAAUGACGAACAACGAUUUCCGGACGCUGCCAACAAAAUGGUGGACAUCAGGUGAUCACGGAAAUGACACAAUACCGGCAUCAUGUUGUCAUGACGUCACAGUUAAUAACUACCUCAAUUACAACAACACAGACUGUACAGCCAACCUGAAUGCUUAUCAUACAACCGGCUGUUUUGAUAUAUUUGAUGAAAUAUUUACACGACUAGCAUCAGCUGCCAUAUCUAUCGUAACAAUAUUAUGUAUCAUAGAGGGUGUGGCGAUAUUUUUCAGCAUUGUCAUCAUCAUAUGUGCUGUAUCAGGCAGACGAAAAAUAGGAAUUGUAUGAUGAUUUUAUUUAUGAUUGCGAACAGCAGUUAAUUAGAAGUGUGAGUGUUGAUAUGUAAUAGUAAGGACGUGUAAAAAUGAGGACGUAUAAACGAUGGUGAAUCAAUAACUUCGCUAAAAAGCGAGCUAUUAAUCAUCUUAUAUUGAAAAUGCAGGAAUAUUAUCAGUGAACCUGUUCUACAUUUACAUUGUCUCUCGUGAAUAUAUAUGGAGUUAUGGACACGUUUUGAAUGUUCUAUUGUAAAGUUAUUUUGGUUGGACGUCAGUCAUAUAUUGUCAUCAUUACUUCCGGUGUGGUCACUCAAAAAGGUGAUGAACAUGAACUAUCUAAAAAUCGAAAACUUCAAGCCGUAAUGAAAUCUUCUAUUUUAUUUUAUUUUUAUAUGGACAUUUUUUCAUUAAAACUGUUUUUUUUCAAUAUCACACAUAACUUCAAAACGAUCUAUGAUUUAUUCAACACAUAUGAAAAUAAAAAAAGUACUACAUCGGAUAUGAUUUCUAGAGAUUUUUUUACAGCUUCAGAAUUCAAGACAAUUGAUACUUUAAAAUUAAAUCUCGAUUUGCUUGCCUGAACAUCAGCUAAAAAAGUAGCAAAAU